AUGACCAGGUGGAAUCAUGUAAAAUUCCAUCUCAAGCAAUGUAAUGCUCCAGCCGUCUACGUGGAAUGGUACAGUAGGCUGGUUUUGUGGUGGCCGUUCUGCACUUUGCUGGAUGUUGUCGUCUGUAUCCUAAUUGCGCUUUCGCAGAUUGGUUUCAGUCAUCUGAGUCAAAGGACAUUUCAUUUGCAUAUCGUUGUCGCAAGUGCCUACUUUGCAGUUUCUAUUCUUCUCAAAUUUAGGCUCUUCAAGGUUGAGCCCAAGCAUCGCAUGAUCCUGUUUCAUCUCGUCACAGUAUUUGUGGCCCUCGCCUUGUCGAUAGCUUGUUUUGUUUGCGUCGUCAUUGAGACGCCGUCUGCGAAACCGAAGCUAGCAUACUUCUUCCUAGUGUUGUUUCCUCCCUUGUUGGGCCUCUAUCAGACGAUACCUUUCUACUUGCGCGACAGAGCUCGAACCAUUUCUGGUUUACAGCCGAAAUCUUUUGACGUGGUCGUGACUGAACGAUUCUCCUUAGCAGCGACAAAAGCCGAUGGUCGACUUGGACAGUUAUAUAUUCAACAACUUCAAAGCUCGCCAUCUGUGCCUAGAAGUCAGGGAUCUGCAGUGGUGGCCCCUCUUGAUGAGGACGAGCCUCCCAUAUACCGUUGGCAAACGAGAACCUGGACCUCGUGCGACGAUGUCGAGCUCCCUGAUGGAUGGAGUAUGACUCAAGAUGAAGAUGGAAAGCGGAGGUUUUGGCAUACAUCAAAGCCCUCGACGGCCAUCUGGAGAGAUCCUCGUCGGCGCACGGGGUGGACAUGCGAUUACGAUGCCAAGGGAAGGGUCUACUACAUUGACCACAACAACAGAUACACCACCUGGAACAAACCUCCUCUGCCGAACGUACUGGGUAGCAGCAAGGACCGAGCUGGUCGCAGGUGGGAGUCGAUAUGGAUCAACAGAUACAGGAGGUUCCUACUUGUCAACCACAGCAAUGGCUUGACUACGUGGACAGGCCCCAAGGGCGGGCAGCCGCUAAGCCGGCAAGAGGAAGAUGGCCACUUGCCACCUGGGUGGCAGAAGGUUAGCAACCCAGAGGAGGAGGGGGAAAGGUUCUUCUCUCACAACUCUUUGACAUAUGUGACACAUGACCCACGUUUGACAGCCAUGCACCGUUUACCGCAAGGAUGGUACCAAAACCUACGGUUCGAUGGCGGGAGCGAUCGCACCGCUCAAGUCUCAUUUUUCGAUAAGUCCCGGGGUGUAUACUCUGAUAGUGAUCCGCGGUUGCUACUGCCGGAUGGCACUCAAUCAAUGCAGUUACGGAAUUCUGAAAAAAUGUCUCGCUGGGGCAGUGAAGCAAAGUUGAGUUGGAGGAACACCCAGCCCGCCGAAAUAAUCUUGUUUCAUACGCCCUAUAUGUUCGUGAUGUGGUGCGCACAAUUAGUUUUUAAUAUUGUUGCAACCGUUCAUUUUUCUCGUACUAUGAAUGGGAUUGACUGGCUACUCUAUCCCCCCUGGGUUGCUCCAUUUACGACUUUCUGCGCCUACCUAUGGACCAUGAGACAAAACUUCUACUCUCGGUGGCUCAUCAUGGCGAAUAUGUCCACCGUGUUCGGCUUCAUGGAUACGUUUGCUUGGGCUAUUUCCCUUGGCGUGAAUGCUGCCGCACUGCAUUUGCACGUACCAAAUUGCGAGGUGCACGGCAAGACUCACGAUGAAGGAAUAUGCAAAGAUCCGGAGUUUGCUCAAACAAUCGCUAGGAUUUGUCAAAUCGGCAUGAUCAUUGUCGGUACUUUAGCAUUGCCGGCAAGUGUGUUUGGUUUGUAUCUGGCAGUGACCAUUUUAUUGAACUCUAACAUGAGGGAAUGGAUACAGGACACAUGGCUAGACACAGUAGACUGGCAAAUCAAAGACUUCAUCAAGGGCAGCGCCGCCACCGGACUCUAG